AUGAAGUUCGCAGCGCUUUCACUCACCAAUGCCGUGGCACUGGUGGUGCUCGGAAUGUCGGCGUCGGCCGAGCUCAUCAACUUUGUCCCCCCUUACGCCGAUGUCACGCAAGUCCCCUGGUGCAAGGCCCCGGGUCCGGCUAAGCUCCCUGACGUGCUGAACUGGUACGGCUUGAUCUGCCGCCGACUUUCGGUCGUCCGCGCCUCGUCUGGUGGAGCUGCCAAGAUUCAUUGGUGA